UCUCCCAACAAAGGCUCUUGUUUUUGUGAUUCUAGAUUGAGGAAACUCGGCAAAACAUUGACAAGCUCUCCUAGCAUGUGGAGGAGACUAAGACACUACAGUAUCUUCUUGUCUGCACCGAUUCCAGAGCCAAAAACCAAGGAUGACCUAGAGCAGCUCACGACCGAGAUCAAGAAGAGGGCCAACAACGUCCGGAACAAACUGAAGAGUAUGGAGAGGCACAUCGAGGAAGAUGAGGUCCGGUCAUCGGCCGACCUUCGGAUUCGGAAAUCCCAGCACUCCGUCCUGUCCCGGAAGUUUGUGGAGGUGAUGACCAAAUACAACGAGGCUCAGGUGGACUUCCGUGAACGCAGUAAAGGGCGAAUCCAGCGGCAGCUCGAAAUCAGUACGUGUUUGAAGUUGGUGCACGCCCCUUCGCCUUUCCCUGCCACGGGGCUAUCUGUCCCAAGUCGGGAGAACUGGGAGAAAGACUUCUGGAUGCUCCUCUUUGCAGGUGAGAUGCUAGAUAACAUAGAGCUGAAUGUCAUGCACACAGUGGACCAUGUGGAGAAGGCACGGGAAGAAACGAAAAGAGCCGUGAAAUACCAGGGUCAGGCCCGGAAGGGAGCCAUGAUUGACCGUAUCGAGAACAACAUGGACCAGUCAGUGGGCUUUGUGGAGCGGGCCGUGGCAGAUACCAAAAAGGCUGUCAAGUUUCAGAGUGAAGCUCGGAGG